AUUCCAAAGAAAAGUAACCUAACUUCAUAGAAGAUGUCACUAGGUAAAAUUUUUCUGAUAGUAGCAGCAUGCCUACAGUACAUUAUGUGUUAUGCUGAAGAUGAAUGCAUUGCUUACGACCAAUCGGAUCAAUCCAUCCAGAAAGUUACAGCCGUUAACUCUAUGCAUGAAUGUUUUUUGGCAUGUGUCGCCAACUCGAAAUGCUUGAGCUUUGAGUACGACGGCGUAUGCACAAUUUAUGUUUUCUAUUCACCAAUACAUCGAUCAGAUGGUUAUUACGAUGUAUUUAUAAGAUGCUCAUACAAUUCAACCCAAUGCUCAGCUUAUCCUAAUGAAAAUGUUGCUGAUGACGAUUCGCAAACAACCACAUUUAAUAUUGCCUUAGAAGAUGGUUAUCCCUGCGACACUGCUGUUUCCAAGCUCAAAUAG